UAGCGGGGCGUGGCUCGGGGCGGGCACUUGGCAGGAAGGAGGUAGGCCGCUGCGGAAGGCGGCCUAACGCAAGAGUUGGUCGUCGACUGGUUUUCACCAUGGGCGCACAUUGUCGGGGCUCAGAAUUCGAUCUCAGCUGGAUCUCCAGAGUUCAAGUGAACCAGGCGGCUGUUCUGAGGCGGGCAGAACAGAUCCAGGCUCGCAGAAGCGUGAAGAAGGAGUGGCAGGCUGCGUGGCUCCUGAAGGCUGUUACAUGUAUAGACCUCACCACACUUUCUGGGGAUGACACGUUCUCUAAUGUUCAACGGCUCUGCUCCAAAACCAAAUAUCCAAUCCGGCAAGACCUCUUAAAAGCUUUAAAUAUGCACGACAAAGGCAUCACCACAGCGGCCGUCUGUGUUUAUCCUGCCCGGGUAUGCGACGCUGUGAAGGCGCUGAAGGCCGCAAGCUGCAGCAUCCCUGUGGCAUCAGUGGCCACUGGCUUUCCAGCUGGACAGACUCAUUUGAAGACACGACUGGAAGAGAUCAGACUGGCGGUGGAGGAUGGAGCUACUGAAAUCGACGUGGUCAUUAACAGGACCUUGGUGCUGACUGGCCAGUGGGAAGCCCUCUACGACGAGAUCAGUCAGUUUCGAAAGGCCUGUGGGGAGGCACAUCUCAAAACCAUCUUAGCCACGGGAGAACUCGGCUCGCUCACCAACAUCUACAAAGCCAGCCUGGUAGCAAUGAUGGCAGGAUCAGAUUUUAUUAAGACUUCUACUGGAAAAGAAACGGUAAAUGCCACCUUCCCAGUAGCGAUCGUAAUGCUACGGGCCAUUAGAGAUUUCUUCUGGAAAACUGGAAACAAGGUAGGCUUUAAACCUGCAGGAGGCAUCCGCACCGCAAAGGAGUCCCUUGCAUGGCUCUCUCUUAUAAAGGAGGAGCUGGGGGAUGAGUGGCUGACACCUGACCUCUUCCGGAUAGGGGCCAGUUCUCUGCUCUCAGACAUCGAGAGGCAGAUAUACCACCACGUGACUGGACGGUACGCAGCUUAUCAUGAUCUUCCGAUGUCUUAGGUCAGCAGCCAGCCCAGAAAAGCAUCUUGCAACAAGCUUCCUGGGGGAUUGAACUCAAAUCUUCAUGCUUGCACAACAGCAAUUUGCCAAUCAAGUCAUCUCCCCAACACACAAAUCUAAUUCUGUGUAUCGUGCACAGGCUCCUGCUCCUCGGGUUCUACCUGCUGGGCCUCCUCUCAGCUCAUCUGCCAACCAAGCAAUAUCAGAAAAGAAGGUGCAACAUCAAAAGGCAUUUCUCAUGUCUGAUGCCGUGGCAACUGGUUUCUAUGAUUCUUCUGGUCGUUCUUAUAAUAAAAUCAUCAGCUUGUGUCUUCCUGA